UUUCCCAAGAAAGCAUAAAUUGGAUAUCUUCUGAACAUAAAGCCUGUAUUAGAGGCUUCUCUUUCUCUCCUUCUCACUUCACUCUCUCCACUAUCUCCAUCAAACUCAAAAUCAUUUUUCUAAUUGCAGAUCAGCUCUCCCGUUGCGAGGUUUCUCGCAGUUCCAUUUUCUCUCGUGAUAUAUGUUCAAUUUUUUUUUUAAAAUUGUCGUUUAAUUCUAGUACAUCACGAUCUCACUUUCUGAUUCCUGAGAAAUUGAUCCCCUUCUCCAAUUUUUAGCUCGGCGUAGCUGUCUGUUUGUUUCCUGAGAAGACGUUGUAAAGAAAAUAAGGAAAUCAAACAGGAGGAAACGAAGUUUUCAGAGAGGAAGGGGGAAGGAAGGAGGACUUAAGAGCUUACCAUGGCAACAGUUAGAAGUUUGAAAAUCAAGACAGCUACUUGUAAAAGGAUUGUCAAAGAGCUGCGUUCCUACGAGAAAGAAGUGGAAAGAGAAGCUGCUAAAACUGCAGAUAUGAAGGAGAAAGGGGCUGAUCCUUUUGACCUAAAACAACAGGAAAAUGUGCUGGCUGAAUCAAGGAUGAUGAUUCCAGAUUGCCACAAGCGCCUGGAAGCCUCAUUGGAUGAUCUGAAAGGAACUUUGGUGGAGCUAGAGGAGGCCGGUGAGAAGGUGGGCCCAGAAAUUGAAGAUGCUCGAAAAACUAUAGAGGAGGUUGAAAAGUUGUUCCAAACAGUAGAGGCCUAGCUUCACAGCUCAUGCUAAGAGAUUUUGAAGUGGGGUCAUUUCUAUUCUUGGUCAGCGGGUAUUUGAUACUCUUUAAAACCUUGCUUGGUAUAUGGCAUGUUAUUCCAUACCAAGAAAGAUGUGCCAACUGCUUUUUUUUUUGCUGUUAAUGUUUGUAACUAACAUCUUUUUGUUGCUUGCCAAGGUACUAAAAUAUGUAGUAGUUUACAAUGAUGAUUGUGUUGGAUGACAAGUAAAUAGAACUAUGGAAUUGAUGCCGUGUCAGGAUCUAUGGCAUUGUAGUGUUAAGUGAACUCUAGUACUAA